AGGGGGCAGAGGCAGAAAUGGGACAGUAUUUGGAGUCAAACUGGGGAAGGUGUGAGCGUGUGCCUGUGUGUUUGCAUGAGUGUGCACAUGUAUGUGCAUGCAUGUAUGUGUGUGUUUGCACAUGUGCAUGUGUGUGCAUCUUGGGUGGGGGUCAAGGAUGCUCUUACACUCUAGAGUCCUUGGAUUCACCCCAGGUCAUGGCUUUUUCCACAUCAGCACGGAUUUCUUCCACCCAUUUGCUCUCAGUCACAGCACACAACCCAAAGCUUCCCUGAACACCUGGGAGGCUCCCAUCCCCCUCCCAGCCAUCCCCACCUCUGCCAACUCUGCCACUUCCCGGUUCUUUGAUUUGACUGAGCAACCUGUGAAUAUACAGUCAUCGUCUGCCUGGUGGAAUGGUAGGUUGGAAAAAGAGGAAUCAAAAGAGCCUUUAGGGAGUAUAAUCUACAAAAUAUUGAACCACUAUGUUGUACACUUGAAACUAAUAUAAUAUUGUAAAUCAACUGUGCUUCAAUUUAAAAAAAGAGGCUUUAGGUUUGGGGCCUGAGCAACAAGUGGUGUCAUUAACCAAGGUGGUGACACUGGGGAAGGAGCAGACAGGAAGAACCUAAGGUUCUGCUUUGGUCAUGUCCUAGACACCCAAGAAGAAAUGCCAGGAGGACGUCUGGAGUUAGGAAGGACAGAGAAGUCAGGAUGGGAGAUGUAAAUGUGAAAAAAAUGGGGAUAACAUCUAGGAGAGUGAAUAUAGAGCAGGAAGGCAUCUGAGGACAAGUCACUGGGUCUCUACCACAUUUAGAAAUGGAGGGACUUCCCUGGUGGUGCAGUGGUUAAGAAUCUGCCUGCCAAUGCAGGGGACACAGGUUCAAGCCCUGGUCCGGGAAGAUCCCACAUGCUGCGGAGCAACUAAGCCUGUGCGCCACAACUACUGAGCCUGUGCCCUAGAGCCCGCGAGCCACGACUACUGAAGCCCAUGCGCCACAACUACUGAAGCCCGUGCGCCUAGAGCCUGUGCUCCGCAAUAAGAGAAGCCACCACAAUGAGAAGGCUGUGCAUGGCAACGAAGAGUAGCCCCCGCUCGCCUCAACUAGACAAAGCCCACGUGCAGCGACGAAGACCCAACGCAGCCAAAAAUUAAUAAAUAAAUUAAUUAAUUUUAAAAAAAUGGAGCAAGAGCAAGGAAUGGCCAGCGAAGGAGGCUGCCGAAUACUCAGGGAGGGAGCCAGCUGGUGAGAGAGCGGGAGUCUGGAGAAGAAGGCAUUUCCAGAGGGAUGGAGUGGUCCUCUGGGUCUAUCACCACUCAGUGGUAGGCUCUGAGGAGGGCAGAGAUCUGACCACCGCCUUGCAAGGGUCUGGUUGGGGCGUGGUGGCAGAAGCCGGACUGGAGAUAGGAGGAAAGUGGAGAUGGAGUACAGCCAAAUCUUUCAAGGAAUUUUGCUCUAAAGGAAGAGCAGAGAACUGGGUUGGUAGUUGGAAGGCUUUGUACUGUCGGGAGAGUUUUUUCUUUUAAAGAGGGAAGAUAAUACAGCAUGUUUCCAUGCUGAUGGGAAUAAUCUGGCGGAGAGGGUAGUGCUGAUACUUUAGGAAGAGCGGGUGUGUGGUGAGAGCUACAUCUUUUUUUUUUUGAGAGCUACAUCUCUGAACCGGAGAAAGGGCUGGGCUGGAGCCUGCGUGGCGUGGCCUGGUUGGAGGUGGGCAGGGGACAGCUCAUCCCUCUAAUGGGACGGAUGCAGGAGGUGCUGCAUUUGCUGAAUGAAUGAGUGGGAAUUUAUCGAGUGCCUACCACAAGCUGGCUGCUGGGUCAAUACGGAUAAAAGAGGCAGACGAGGUCCUGCCCUCUGGAAACUUACUUCUGGUCAGUCAGGCAAACAACAGGCACGGACAGGGCCAUUGCAAAUUGUGUUGAUUGCAGUGAAGCAAAUAAACAAGUGGUGAGAUGGGGAGUAACUCGCCCAAGACCACAGCUCAGAGAGCCAGGAGGGGGCAGAGCCCAGGUCAGGGGUGGGGGAGGACAUGGGGUGGGAGCCUAGUAGGUUGCAGGAGAGAGGUGGGCCUCCCCAGGGGCCCAGAGAGGGAGGGGCAGGGUGAGGAUCCGCUGCAGAGUGGGUGGCUGGGAGAAGUUUUGUGGGACAAUCUGGCUGGCCGGAGGCCUCCCAAAUCCCCUCCCUGGUCCUGUCCCCAGGAGGCGAGGGACAUCGGAGAGAGGAGGGAGACGGACCAUACCCAGAAGCAGCCUCAGGAUCCCGCGGGGGCCACGGGGGCCCAGGACCUUGGCAACCCCCGGCCGGGCUUCAUGAAGUGCUUGUUGGAGGUAUAAGAGGAGAAGGCCACGCAUUGGAGGGUCACCAAGGCCCGUGUGCUGCCAAGCCGGAAGUCCCCCAGGACCCUGGCCCCCGUGCCCGUCUCUGUCCCGGUUGGCAACUCAGCCCCAACCCUGCCUCUGACCCUGCCUCAGAGUCCUGCCUCAGCUCCUGCCAUGGCCCCAUGCUGGGCCCGACUGCCAGCCCCUGGGCCACUUCCUGCCCCCAUGGGAGCCCCAGCUUCAGUGCGCAUCACAGUCCUGCCGGUCCCUGCAUCAGACCUGGGCUGGAGAAGGACAGAACUUUUGCACCACAGCGGGGAGAGGAGCCUGAACUACCCCAAGGCACGGCAGGAGCUGGAAGAACACUGCCUCUUGAAGGUGUGUCAGAUCUGGGAGGAGAGGUCGGAAGAGCAACUCACGCUGAAGCAAGAGGAAGCCUUCCGCAGCUACUUUGAGAUCUUCAGUGGUCAUGGCGAGGUGGAUGCACAGAGCCUGGAGAACAUCCUGCUCCUCGUGGGCAUGUCCCUGACGCCGGCCCAGGUGGAGGAUGCCCUGAGGAGUGCUGAUAUCGAUGGAGAUGGCCACGUGAACUUCAAAGACUUCUUGGCCGUGAUGACAGACACCAAGAGCUUCUUCUGCUCUGUGGGUGAAGAAGGCCUGACGGACAUGGCUCCCCCAAACCCCCGCACUCUGCUCUUUGAGAUCCUGUCCCUGCUGGUGGAGAUGCUGGCCUUACCUGAGGCAGCCUUAGAGGAGAUCACCAGCUAUUACCAGAAGAAGCUGAAGGAAGGCACCUGUAAGGCCCGAGAGAUGGAACCGGCCAUUGGCCGGCUGCAGUCCCAGAAGAAGCUUCCCUACAACCCGCAGCAGGCAGACACCUUGGAAGUCCCAGAACGAAGAGCCCUCAGGAUCCUGAGCCAGCUGAAGCAGCAGAACUAUGCUGCCAACCUGCAAAGCCCCUAUGCCCAGGUGCCUUGCAUCCCGCUCUGCCCGAGGCUGGACAAUACGGUCCGCCGGAAGCAGGGCAGCCACUACAUGCUGGAGCUGUGUACCCCCACAAGCCUGGGCCCUGACACCCGUAGCCUCUUCUUCCAGACUAGAUCUCAAGGAAGCAGGGAACCCAGCUCUGACAGCCGAAAGUGGCUCAGUUCUGUGCCGGCUCGAACCCACUGA